CGCUCAUUCUCUAUCGUUUUCAGUUUGGGGUUUGUUUCUCUGUCUUACUUUGGAAUGUCGCUGUUCAGGGUCAUUGGUCCCCGUUCUCUCUGGUUCAGGAUCCCGUUCUUCAUCUGCGUCUCACUCAUCUUCAAUGGACAGAGAGACAACGGGGUUGGGGCUCACACCUAUAACCGGAUUGUCGGAUGUGAGUUUAACAGCACCGGGACCUGGACCUAUAUCAGUCAGGAUGUCUAUGAUCACGAGCUGAUCGUGUAUUUCGACUUUGCCCAGAAGAAGUUCAUCGCGGUGAAGGAUUGGAUGAAGAGUAAUGUGGACAGAUGGAAUCGAGAGAGCGCGGCAGCGACGUACCAGGAAGCGAUCGGCAUCUGUCAGAAUAACAUUCCGAUCUAUGAGAGUGAGGUUCUGACCCGGAGAGUCAAACCUACAGUCACAGUCCGACCUAAAAUCUCCCAACAUUCUGGACAGUCGGCCCUGCUCUCGUGUCGUGUCACUGGAUUUUACCCUUCCAAAAUCAAAGUCACAUGGCUGAAAAAUGGUGUGCCACUUCCUGAUAGUGUCCUCAACACUGCCCUGUUAUCAGAUGGUGACUGGACCUAUCAAGUGGAGGAACUCCUCCAAUAUCAACCAGUGUCUGGGGAUAAAUAUACCUGCCACGUGGAACACAUCAGCCUGAAUGAGCCCAGGAGUGUUGACUGGGAAGUACAGAGCACACCUGAAUCAGAGAAACCCAAGAUCAUUGUUGGAGCCCUGGGUUUUGGGAUCGGGUUGAUCAUUCUGCUGGCUGGAGUGAUAAUGAAGCUGAAGAAUGCUAAAGCAAUCCUGGAUUCCAGCAAUCACGGCCCACGUCUGAUGAGUCCAGCUGUCAGUUAACUGACCCACCUGCACAGAUUCGAUUGGAAACAUCAAUGGCAGACAGGAUAAAACAGCUUUGAAAUGCAUCUUAACCCCUUCUCCUGACUCUGUAUCCAAAGUGACUAUAGCUCACUUGACUUGACCUUGGCUUUUGACAGCUUAUGAUUAAUUUUAUGAAAUAUGGAGAUUUUUACACUGCAGCUUGUUUAUGUUAAAUACACAGCUUAAAAACAGGGAUAUGAUCAGUGUACCACUUACUGUCAUGACUCAUGAUGAGUGGCUAACCUCCCCCCUCCUCUCCUCUUUCUCCCCCCGCCCCAGGUGAGAUACAGGGAUCAGAGUUGGGUAUAGGUCUGAGUCUUUCCUAUUUUGACACUUCCUGUCCAGUUCAUUCAGCCUUGUAAAUGUUUUGAAAUCUACAUUAUUUGCUUGUCAAAUUCUCUAACUUUAUAUCUAAAUGAUUUUAUGCAGCUUGUGAUUUAAUAACCUUUUAAUGAUCUUUGAAUGUGUUUGUCAUAGUGGAACCAGUUUGAUGAUAAAGACCAUUUUGUA